AUGCAAUUCUCCGUAGUGAGUCCUCUGAAAUGGAGCCUUUUCUGUUCGAAGGAAAGCUUCCCGAGCUCUUCUCCUGUCAUCGUCUCCGUCUCUCACCAAUCCAUCCCCUCAUACUCCUACAGAAAAUAUGGUGGUUGCAUGAGAUGGCGUUUCGGUAACUACCCUACGCGGCGGUGGCGCCGCUCUCUUCGGUUGAGAGCGAGUUCGUCGGACAAAGAUGGGGCAUUGAAUUACAGAGAACACGUGGUCACUACUGGUUACGACGACGGUGACAAUGGUGUUAAUUCCCCGCCGGUGGAUGUUAUUGGCAUUGGGAGUAGAAAGGACGCUGUUCUUCGCUUCUGCUUGGAAUCGCCCUUCCAACUUUCGCAAUCUGUCCGCUGCUGGAGCAUUCAAGCAAAGGAUUCAUCAAAUACUCAAUUAGAAGAAAGGCUUCUAGAGAGGGAUCCUAAUCCAAGGUGCCUGGAAGCUUCUCAGUUUUUGCAAACAUGUUCGCAGGCUAUAAUCCUUGUGGCAAGUGCAGGAUAUGGCUUGGAUCAGGAUGCAGCUGUUAAUAUUCUUAAAACAGUCAGAUCCAGAAAUGGAUUAGCUGUUGCCAUUGUUGUAAACCCUUUCAGAUUUGAAGGAAAAAGGCGUCAGGAUGAGGUGAAAACUUUGAUUAAAGAGCUUCAAGAGCAUACAGACUUUUAUAUAGAUGUAGACACUGACACGCUGCUCAAAAAGGAUUUGGUGACUCUAGAUGAGGCUUUAAGGACUGCAAAUAGUGCCGUUUCAUUGGCCAUAAAGGCCAUCUCUUUGCUUGUGUCUCCUCAGGAGAAACUUAAAAAACUAAUUGAUGGACCACAUGAUAAUGUGAAAGGGAUAGUAGAUUCAGACAUUUUAAAGAAUCUGAAGAACCAGAAAGAAGCGAAAAUUGGAUUUGGAGUGGGUAAGAGCAUUAGAGAAUCACUGCUGCAGGCCCUUUAUGACUGCCCUUUCAUUGGCACUGGUAUAGAGGAUUCUAGUGGGACAGUCUUCUGUGUCAUCAUAAGCUCAGAUAUCAUCGAAGAUGAAGGUUUGCAUGCUGCUUUGCACAUUUUCCGCCAGACAGUGGAAUUCACGGGGAAAGUUGUUGUAGCUUCUUCCCGUGAACCAAAUCUGGAGCAAAACAUGCUAGUUUCAGCAAUUAUUGUCGCAGGCAGUAGACCUCACAACCAGACUCCUCCAAAGAAAAACAUCUUCUCGGCAAUGGUUGAGCAUUUCCCUUCCAUUUUUAAGUUCUUUAUGGGAAACCAGCAAUCGGAUGACAAUGAAAGCAAGACUGACAGUGCCAAUGCCUCUGGAACAUUAGAUUCAUUACAUAUCAGUGCGGUCGGAGAUGAGAUUCCCGUGAAUGGUAUGACCAAUGUAGUUGACAGGCAGGGUGAGGAGGACAAUGAGACAGUAUUUAGCGGACUUGAAGAAGGUGUUGAUUUAAGGGAUGGAAGUGGAGAGGAAGAUCUAUUUACUGGUUCUUCUGAUUUUAGUGAACAAAUUAAUGAAGGCACUAUGGCUUUCCAAAGGGAAUUGCUGCUGAAUGGGAACUUGGGGCUUGGACAUCAGAUAGCAGAGAAGUGGGCUAACCAAAGGGCUAGAGCUAAGCCACCUCUUGAUAACUUAAGUAUCUUUCCCCUUCCAGUUGGUGUGAGGCGUCAGGAAGAUUCAAGAGAUUUUCACGAUAACUCGUAUGGUGGAGAAUUACCAGAGACCCAAGAAGAGAAUGGUGUCCAAGAACCACUUGAUAACUCUAGUAUCUCUUCUUUGGGUGCCUUGACUGAUGCUGGUUUUCUAGCUGUGAAGGACUUCUACAGCAAUGCGUCUACCUUGUUGAAGGGUAGAAAUGAUGAACUAUCGAAAAAGCAAGGAGGUCUUGCUGUUCGUGCUGCUUCUAUGCUGGAAUCUGAGCGCGAUUCACCGAAAAAGUGGAGUCCUGUAACAGAAAUGCAUUACAGAGGUGGAGUUUAUAAGGGGAAAUGCCAAGGGGGACUUCCUGAAGGAAAGGGCCGUCUUCUCCUUGAUGAUGGGAGCAUAUAUGAUGGCAUGUGGCGUUAUGGUAAAAGAUCAGGACUGGGGGCUUUCUACUUCAGUAAUGGAGAUGUAUUUCAGGGCUCAUGGAGGGACGAUGUUAUGCAUGGCAAGGGUUGGUUUUAUUUCCACACGGGGGAUCGUUGGUUUGCAAACUUCUGGAAGGGAAAAGCCAAUGGCGAAAGCCGCUUCUAUUCAAAGUUCGGCGAUGUCUUUUUUGGCCAGUUUGUAGAUGGUUGGCGCCAUGGUGACUUCCUUUGUAUAAAUGUUGAUGGAACAAGGUGCGUCGAGGUUUGGAAUAAGGGUGUGCUUGUAAGCCGGAAGCCACUGGAUUCUGACAACAAUGGUCAAUAG